AUGUCGACUCCGACCGAGGAGUAUUCCAAUCCCUUCGUGGAUCCGCGAAACAUGUCGGAGUCGCCGAAACACAGUCCGGAUUCCAGCGGCGUUGUAACGAGUGCUGAGGGAGGAACUCCUGCGAAUGGAGAGAGACCUAGAGGCAAGAAACGAGUGGGCUUCACGGGAGGGACGCCAUCAGAGGGACCGAGUCAAAGAACGAGCUUUGUCGAUCCGGAUGGGACGUAUUCGCCGUAUAGUGAGAGUCCGAACUUUGGAUCGCCGGAUGUCAGUGGCAACAACACGCCGCCUACAAACAGCCAUACGAGGAAUAGUAGUGGGGAUCUAUUGCUGCCGCCAAGUGCGAGCAAAUCUCAUUUGCCGGAAUUGUCAGAACAGCAGACGGAACAGCUUCGAGAUUCGCUGAGUCGAAGUUUGGAUGUACCUCGUCCACGACCGGCGUUGAGACGAGGUGGAUCGACCAAGGCGACGGAACCUGAGGAUGCGAUCGAAGGGCCGGAUGAUGAUGGGGCGAGAGCACUGCGGCAGGCGAGUGCGCGGAAGGCUUUUGAAAGAGGCAAGCAGCUUGAGAGGGACGAGUUGAGUUAUUCGGCACCUGCAUCCAGACGGUCUUCGCCGACUCGUGGGAGAGCGAUCCCUAGCCUACGCAUGGACGACAUUCCGUUGAAGGACUUCAACGACGACAAGUCUGAGGUGUCCGACAAGGAAGAUGAUCACCUCCCUCCCCUCCAGCGUCAACGGAAAGCGUCUCACGCCGAAGCAUUCAACUUGGUCAGGAGGCAUACGUCCGCCCGCGAUGCCCUUGAAUCCAAGCCCAGCUCAGGCGAUCUCUCCUCUGGCACUCGAUCUGGAGCGGUGACGCCGACCGAGGAGCAAAAGUACUUCAUGGAAGACUACCAGCCCAAACCAAAGGAGUAUCGAGGUGGUAUUCUGGGCUCGUUGCUCAAGCUGUACCAUGACGAACAACAACCCGGCGGCCCUGGAAUGCCCAAAGCACACCUUAGAACCGGCAGUAGCGGUGGACACAGCGCACUUUCGAGCCCUGCCCAUUCGCCUCCAUCUUCUGGUGCUACUACACCUACCUCCCAUUGGUACUCCUACAAGAGUAAGAAUCAAUCCGCUUCGUCCCUCGCCACCUUGAUUGGUACCUCGUCUGCCAUUGGCUCUCCCGCUGUGUCUGGCUUGGGCGAGCAGGUCAGCCAACGACUGAAGGAGCAGCAACAAGAGCAGGCCAAACGCCCUGGUAUGGGCAAGCGGUCUCGAAGUGGUGGUGCGCUGGCAGCUUUCAACCGCAUGAGCAGACCUAGACUGCAGGAAGAGUAUAAAAUUACCGCACACAUCGCCGAGACGAUCACACGGCAAAAGUACCUGUUGCGGCUCUGCAAGGCUUUGAUGCAGUACGGUGCGCCUACCCAUCGAUUGGAGGAGUACAUGAUGAUGAGUGCGAGAGUUCUGGAGACCGAAGCACAGUUUCUGUAUAUUCCUGGUGCCAUGGUGGUCUCUUUCGAGGAUCGGACGACGCAUACGAGUGAGGUGAAGUUGGUUAAGGUUGCACAGGGAUUGGAUCUCGGGAAGCUACGCGAUGUUCAUGAGAUCUAUAAAGAGGUAGUACACGAUCGACUGGGCGCGGAAGAGGGGAUUAAUCGACUGAGAGAAGUGACGGCACGAAAACCCAAGCACAACCGACUUUUUCGACUACCUGUCUACGGCUUGGCUGCUGUAUGUGUCGGGCCUUUCGCCUUCGGAGCCAGGCUUAUCGACCUUCCCAUAUCCUUCUUCCUGGGCUGCAUCCUAGGCUGGCUCCAACUUUGGGUCGCCCCAGCCUCUGACCUUUACGCAAACGUCUUCGAAAUCGCCGCCUCGGUCAUAACCUCCUUCCUCGCCCGCGCCUUUGGCAGCAUCCGCGGCGGCGAACUCUUCUGCUUCUCCGCCCUCGCCCAGUCCUCCAUCGCCCUCAUCCUCCCAGGCUACACCGUCCUCUGCGCCUCCCUCGAACUCCAAUCCCGCCAAAUCGUCGCCGGCAGCGUCCGCAUGGUCUACGCCAUCAUCUACUCCCUCUUCCUAGGCUUCGGCAUAACAGUCGGCACCGCCAUCUACGGCCUCCUCGACCGCAACGCCACCUCGGCCACCGAAUGCUCCAACACGAUCCCCAAAUACUGGUUCUUCUUCUUCGUCCCGGGCUUCACCAUGUGCCUCAUCAUCAUCAACCAAGCGAAAUGGAAACAAGCCCCCGUCAUGAUGAUCAUCGCCUUCGCCGGCUACGUCGUUAACUACUUCUCCGCCAUCCGCUUCGCCGGCAACACGCAAAUCUCCAACACCCUCGGCGCGCUCGUCAUCGGCGUCCUCGCCAACUUGUACUCCCGCAUCGGCGGCAAGCUCGAAAACCGCAUGUGGGACCUCUGGGAGGACCGUCUCCGUCCGCGGUGGAAGUCUCUCCGCAAACGCGUCUCCCGCCACCAGGGCCGGAGGAAGUCCGCCAAGGUUCUGGAGGAGGGCAGUCUGGCCAACGACACCGAGUCCGUCAUGUCGGCUUUCAAGCCCGCUGCUCGACGGGUAGGAUACGGACUCGCAGCCGCGGCUAUGCUGCCUGCCAUCUUCGUGCAGGUCCCCUCUGGUCUUGCGGUGAACGGGUCUCUCGUAGCGGGUAUCGCGUCCGCGGACCAAAUUACUGGCAAUGCGACGAAUGGAACGACGGUGGUGAAUAGCACGACGAUCGCGAAUGCGGCGGAGAGUUUGAAUAGUAUUGCUUUUACCGUGGGGUAUUCGGUGAUCCAGGUUGCGAUCGGCAUCACCGUCGGCCUCUUCCUCUCCGCCAUCGUCGUGUAUCCCUUCGGCAAGAGGCGUUCAGGUCUGUUUAGUUUUUGA